AGCAAGGAAUUUCUCUUCAACUAAAAGCUACUUCUCUACAAUUCAUAGGCAAUUUCAAUCCCACCCUGAAAACUUCACCCCAUUACUUGCGGCAUCAUCACUCCUUUAGCCCCAACCACCCCACCACCAUCACCAACUUUUAUAUUUUUACCAACCUCACCUCAAAUUAACCUUCUCUAUUUGGCCAUUUUUUGGUCUGAUCAAAACCCAUAAAGGUUCUGAAGCAUAUGAUAUGAAUCCCAUAUCGAUGGCUGGGUGGAUUUCAAAUAACGCAAAGGUACAUUAUAAAGCUGUGGAUGCGAAUGAAAUGUUUCUGGGUCUACCCAAGUCUGCUGGUUUGGACCUUAUACAGAAUUGUGAUCUUCCUCCACCCAUGAAAGUCUUCACUGGUUCUGCAGACAAGACUGUUGUGUCAUCCAUCAACAGAAUUUGCAGCAUGACGACUCCAGAAGAUCACGAAAACAGCCAUGAGUUGACUGAUAUGUAUGGAAGAGAUGGUCGUCAAAAUUAUGAAAAGCUGGAGCUCUUGAAGGCUCUGAGGCUUUCGCAAACAAGAGCGAGGGAGGCAGAGAAGAAGGCAGAGAAGUUGGCAAGGGAAAAGGAAUGUCUUUCCAAUGAUCUGCUUGCCGAGGCGAAAGAGCUGUUUGCUUACAGGCAAUGGGUGAGGUUGCUUGAGCUAAAAGUUUCGGAGCUGCAUUCACAAUUCGCAGAACAAGAACAUCAGGAAUGCUGUGGCUGUGAGACUUGGAUUGUAGCUCUGGCACUUUGUUUAGGGUUUGCUGGUGUUGGCUUUGCAUUUGGCAGCAGAUACUUGUAUUGAUUUUCAUUUUAGGGUCAUCACUGUGGUUUUUGUGAAGGUAGUAAGAACUAAGAAGAGGUCUAUAAAUAUGAUAGUAUUAUGUAAUAGAAAGGUUCAAGCUUUCUGAACUGCAAGCAUAUUCUGCAGCAGGUAUUGAAGAACA